AUGGCCAUCUUCACUUUGCGCAAACUCCUAAUCAGCCUGCACCUUGUCAGUGCAGUUGCAGCUUCGGCAAUCAGCCUCACCCCUCGGUCCGUCGCCGACGACUUGAACCGUCUCAUCAAGCACCCGGGUGCCCAAAUCACGGUGCGCACGCGAUGGAGCGAAUUCGAGCCCCCGGCGCCGGCCGUCGUUGUCAGCCCCAAGUGUGAGAGCGACAUCAAGGCUGUUGUGAAAUACUGUGCCGCGAACAAGAUCCCUCUCCUGCCUCAGAAUGGCGGCAAUGGCUGGGCGGCAUUUAGCUUCAACACCACCGGAGUCAUUCUGAACAUGGCCGGCCUAAACCAGGUGACCAUUAGCCAAGACAAGAAGACGGCGGUCAUUGGCGGCGGUGCCAUCAUCAGCGAGGUCAUUGCCGCUGCAGACAAGGCCGGUGUUCUCAUCCAGACGGGCAACUGUAACUGCGUCGGUGCCCUCGGCGCGGGCCUCGGUGGCGGAUACGGUAAUCUCAUCGGCGAAUUCGGCAUGGCGGUCGACAACAUCCUGUCUCUCCGCGUUAUCACCCCCGAAGGAAAGGCGAUCAAUGUCUCGCCGUCCUCCAACCCAGAUCUCUUCUGGGCCAUGCGCGGUGCGGGCCCGAACUUCGGUAUCGUCACCUACGCAACUGUCAACGCUUUCCCUACCGCCGACCGCAACGCUUGGCUCACGUCUCUGACCUUCGACCACUCCAAGAUCGCCCAGGUCGCCCAAGCCAUCCAGGACCUCCCGCUUCUACCUCAGCAAGUUGUCUUCCUCAUCCUGGCCAACUCAGGCGACGGCAAAAACACCCCCACCGUACUAGUCACUGGCUACCUCCGUGGCGGCGACGAGACAUCGGGUCGCAAGGCGUUUGCGUCCCUGUACGAUCUUGGUCCCCAGACAAACAGCAGCUCCAUCACCCCUUACACGGGCUGGAAUGUCGCCAACGACUUCUUCUGCGGCCGCGGCGGCCGCAAGCCGGCCUUCACCACCGCUCUCAAGGAUAUGGGGGCCUCGAGCUGGCCUGCCGUUUGGGACCUGUUUGCCGAUUUCCAGAAGCAGCCUGGUGCGGAGAAUACCGCCAUUGUGAUUGAGCGUUACAACCUCGCCAAGGCCAGGUCGGUCGGCCGUGGUGCCACUGCUGUGCACGAUGAACUGCGCUUCGACUCGUUUGCGCAAGGCAUUGUCAUACCGUGGUACAAGGAUGCCGCCCUCGACACGCAGGCCCUCGAUUUUGCCUCCAAGGUUCGCGACAUUUGGAGCUUUUCCCCUAAUGCCAAGGCCAAUCCGGCAUACAUCAACUUUGCGCAUGGUGACGAAGAACUUGUCGCUAUUUAUGGCUCGAGCCUCCCGCGACUCAAAGAGCUUAAGAGCAAGUACGACCCUGGCAAUGUGUUUGGACAGUGGUUCAGCCUUGCCUAG